UGUGUGGAAUAUAGAGAGAGACCAAGAGAGAUAGAAAAGCGACAGACGGAAGGGGCGGCAGCCGGAGGAAGAGUCACUCAUCGCGGAAGGAUCAGUCAGGCAACCGUCUGGGAGCGACAGAUCUGGAGACACUAGAGGGGAAAAAAAGAGAGAAGACAGAGACAGAGGUCAACCCCUUCCUGAUCAAUGAAAGAAGCCAUGCCAGUCCUCUCUGCAGGAGGAGGGUUGCACGAGACGCUUGCCCUGCUGACCUCACAGCUGCGUCCAGAUGCCAAUCAUAAAGAGGACAUGGUCUUCCUCAGGGAUGUUUUCAGUGAGAGGAGCCUCAGCUGCCUGAUGAAGAUUCAUGAGAAGUUGCGUCAGUAUGAGAAGCAGAGCCCCACCCCGGUUCUCCACAGUGCCUCCACGCUGGCAGAGGAUGUUGCAGAGGAGUUGCAAAGUGGACCAAUGAGUGUUGAGGAAAAAGAGCUGCUACAUUUGCUGACAUCUCCUCAUCUCAAGGCGGUUUUGUCAGUUCAUGACACAGUGGCACAGAAGAACUUUGACCCUGUGCUGCCUCCUCUGCCUGAUGACUUUGAGGAUGAACUAGACGAGGAGUCUGUCAAGAUCGUCCGCCUCGUCAAAAACAAAGAACCACUGGGUGCCACUAUUCGGCGGGAUGAGUCCACAGGGGCUGUGAUUGUGGCUCGUAUCAUGAAGGGAGGAGCUGCCGACCGAAGUGGCCUGGUGCAUGUCGGUGAUGAACUGAGAGAGGUUAACGGAAGCUCUGUGAUGCACAAGAGGCCAGAUGAGAUCAGUCAGCUACUGUCUCAAUCACAAGGUUCCAUCACACUGAAGAUCAUCCCGGCAAUAAAAGAAGAGGACAAGCUGCAAGAGAACAAGGUCUACAUGAGGGCACUGUUUGAUUACACUCCACUGGAGGACAAAGCCACACCGUGUCAGGAGGCAGGACUUCCUUUUAAACGUGGGGACGUCCUGCAGGUGGUCAGUCAGGAUGAUCAGACAUGGUGGCAAGCCAAGAGAAUUGGUGACUGCAAUCUUCGUGCAGGACUUGUCCCAUCCAAGCAGUUUCAAGAAAGGCGCUUGGCCUACAGAAUAAAAAUGGGCACUCUUCAAAACUCCAAAUCUCCCAAAAAAGCUGUCUAUGACCAGGGGUGUGAUAAAGAAGACUGUGACUGUGAGGGCUAUUUCAAUGGACAGUACAUAGUCUCUUCGAAGUGUAAUGCAGUGGCUCCCUCCUGUGGCCAAGUGUUUUCCUGGGAUUUUUACUCAGCUGGUUUAAGGAGAAGUUUCCGUCUCAGUCGAAAGGACCGUCGCGGAUCUUCAGGAGAGGCUAAUGUUUCUGAUCAGAAUGACACAGAUUUCCUGACUUAUGAAGAAGUGACACGUUACCAGCAGCGGUCCAAUGAAAGACCUCGAUUAGUAGUUCUCAUUGGUUCUCUGGGAGCACGAAUCAACGAACUGAAGCAGAAAGUGAUAGCAGAAAAUCCCCAUCGUUAUGCUGUGGCCGUACCCCACACCACACGACCAAAAAAGAGCCAUGAGAAGGAGGGAGUGGAGUACCACUUUGUGACUAAGCAGGCCUUUGAUGCAGAUGCACAGAAUAACAAAUUUAUAGAAUACGGAGAAUAUAAGGAGAAUCUGUAUGGGACCAGUAUAGAGGCCAUCCGCUCGGUUCAAGCCAAAAACAAGAUGUGUCUUGUAGAUGUACAGCCAGAGGCUCUGAAAGCCCUGCGAACAGCUGAAUUUAAGCCUUAUGUCAUUUUUGUGAAACCGAAAAUCCCAGAGAGCCGCAGACGCCGCAGUGCCGCCACAUCGCCAGGAGGAGGAGAGCACGGCAGAAUCACAGAGGAGGACCUACAGGAAAUGCGUCUGUCGGCGCAGCAGAUCGAUCAACAGUACGGUCACCUCGUGGAUCGGGUCCUGAUCAAGGAGGACACUGCCAGUGCCAGCACAGAACUACGUAGCAUCCUGGAGAGGUUGGAGAGGGAGACUUUUUGGGUUCCUAUUAGCUGGGUCAGACCCUAAGAUCAACCCCUUUAGCAACAUUUCAGACCGUUGAUCAACACUUCCACUGAAAGCUUCUUUUCUUCCAUGAAGUGCAGCCGAAAUGCACUCAUCCUCCUGGGAAAGGCUCCUCGGAGCUCCGCCGUCAGUGAAAGAAGCCACAAAUAGGCUAAAUAAGAGAUUUAAAGUGACACAGAUCACUGAAGUUUGAACAGAUUUUGUUUUCAGGCUGGGUCAUGCAGGCACAUAAGCACUUGUUUUGGCAUAAAUGAUCUAAUUUAUUUUUUAAUGACAUUAGUUAUUUAUUAUUUGCCAAAAUAGUUUGUUUACUUGAUACGUUGUAGCUUCCUUUUAGGUUAUUUAAGCAGUUUCAACUGCUAGGUUCACUGAAGCAAUACUUUAUGUGUGCAACUGUCAGCUUAUGUUAUCAUAAAGCAGGGGUCACAAAAUUUGUUCCUGGAAGGCCGGUGUCCUGCAGAUUUUAGCUCCAACCCUAAUCAAACACACCUGAACAAGCUAACCAAGGUCUUACUAAAUAUACUUGAAACACCCAGGCAGGUGUUUUGAGGCAAGUUAGAGCUAAACCCUGCAGGGACACCGGCCCUCCUGGACUGAGAUUGGUGACCCCUGUCAUAAAGGGAUUGACCUUUGUAAGAAAAUGUUCUGUGGAUUGUGGGUUAAUUUCUGGCUUGAUCAAAAGGGAAAUUUGCAGGUCACCCUGUAAAAAAUCAAGCAGUUCCCCACACAUACCCAUGCAGAGACUCAUUUAGCAAGCAUAACGUCUUUAAUUUAAGAUUAUUUUACAUUUUACUUUACAAGCUUUUUGUUGUCGAAUUUAAUUGCAGAAAUCAGUUUCUUUUUGUAGAGCAAGGUUGAUCAUAGUUUCACAGGAAAUUAUUAAACUCCUGCUGUGCCAACAACUGUCUCAAUGUUACAAGCUUUUUUUCCUCUAACAUUUUCUUUAUUCAGAAGGUUAUGAAAUACCACGCCAAAGCACUUAAGCUGUGUAAAUAUGUAACUAAGCAUCAUGGAGUUUCAGUUCCCUAGGUGUAGUUGUGCUGAGACAGUAAUACAUGGGGGUGUGCGAUGUUGACAAAAAUGAUAUACUGUAUACAGUGCUCAGCAUAUACAGUUUAAGUGCACCCCCCACAUAUCUCUUAUUUAAAUUCAUAUUUUUUUAUAGGAUGCUUUAAUAUGUUACAUUUGUGCAAUAUUAUAUUACAUUAGUUAGUACUGAAGCCAAAUCUGGAGCUUAUCUCACUAAACAACUUAAAAUAAGGUUUCAAAAAUUAGUAGCCCAAA